AUGAUCGGCCAGCCCGACAUCGAGCACGCGUUGCUAAAGCGUCUGCCCGCAGACACAGUACACUACGACGAGCGAGUAGUCUCGAUCUCCGAGGGCCAGGAAAGCGUCACGAUCACGACCGACCAACAGCGAACGAUUUCUGCGAAGUAUGCCAUCGGAGCAGACGGAGCCAAGUCCAUGGUUCGCAAUGCGCUGGGGAUCAGUUUCACGGGUACCAAGCCGGAGAUGGUCUGGGCUGUCCUCGACACUUUCAUUGACACUGACUUUCCCGUCUGCUCUGAGAUCAUUACAUUCCAACUCAACGAGCAGUCGAGGGUGUCAUGGAUCCCGCGCGAACGUGGCAUGGCGCGAUUCUACGUUCUGCUGGAGGGAGAAGUGACGCAGGAGAAGGCAGAGGCUUCGAUUCGAGAGCACAUGAGGCCGCAUUGGGUGGAAUACAAGAGCACGGAGUGGUUCAGUACCUUUGAGAUUAAGGAGCGGAUCGCCUCGAGCUUUAUUUCGAAAACGGGAACUAGACGUAUCUUACUCGCUAGUAACGCCGCCUACGUCUACGCUAUAAACGGCGGUCAAGGCCUUAAUACCGGCAUCGCUAAUACAUUUGCUCUAGCCUAG